AUGAUGCAGCCGUCACUCCCACUUACUCCACCUCCGGCGCCGCUCCUACCUCCGACCACCCAACACUGUCAAUUGAUCCAUGUCGCCGAUUCGUGGCCUCUAGUCACUGUUGUCUGCCAUCUCAUGCCACCUAUCUUCUCCAUUUCUUGUUGCCGGCACUGCUUCGUUCAUGGUGGUCUCCGUUUCUCAGUCACGACCACUGCCGCUACACAGCUCGAUUCAGUUACUCAAGUCGCUGCUUUAGCUAUUGCAUAUUGUCGCCGUGGAGCCACUGUCAUCGCAAAUCACCGCCGCCAGCUGCCAACCCUUCUUCUUUCGCCGGUGUUUCGUUCAUGCUUUGACCACCAUCAUUCGUCGCCGUUGCGUUUGCUGCCGAUGAAGCGAGAGUUCGAGCCCUGCUGUGGUUGCUAG